UAUAAACUCCCUUGCAUAGAGCUCUAAUAAAACACUGCUAUCAUUUGUUUACCUCAAAAACAUAAAACACUGUUUCACAUAUAACAUUAUUAAAACGUUGAACUUAACAUUACACAUGAAAACUGGAGACGCAAACUGACAGUAGAGAAUUGUAAAGGGGCUUGGUGAACUUACUUUGAAUGAUCUAAACUCACUUUGAAUCUUAGAAAGACCAGUAAGUGGUAAAGGUUAAAAUUAUUAAGAACAUCUUUUGAGUUUCACUUUUGGAAUAGGGAAAAACUCCUCAAUGUGCCUCUAGAUGGAGGUAAUGUAGAAAAGAAUAAGGCUUUGGCAAACAAGGGAAAGAAUGAGAGGGAUAUUUGCUCAUCUAGUGACAAGAAUCUCGUUGGAUCUCAAAGGGUUGCAAGACUCCUAUGUGUCCAAGUAGUCUAAUAAAGGUAUUUCAAAGCAGCGCGAACCUAUGCUUUCUGAAAGCUGUAGCUUUUGAGUUGUGGUUUUCAUGUGUUACCAAAGCUUCCCUUUUCUGUUAAAAAAAAUGUAAGUCUCUUACAAAUACGGGUGACUGAGUUUUAGUUUACUACUGAUAAGCUGAAGUGCAGGUUUGGUAAUAAGAAAGUCAUUAUUUUGUGUAAUAUUACUCUAUUUUAUUAUAUGAGAAAAUACUUUUGUAGAUGGAGAGAAAUCAGGGCUAGACAAUAAGGACUGCCCGAUGUCCAGCGUUAAAGACGCUCGGGACAGUUGACGAAUUUGUCACAGUUGACAAACUGCCAUUAACAGAAGCCAGAGACGCUAAAAAGAGAGCAAAGGUGAAAAUACUGUAGUAGGCAGAUCAAGAUCACUGUUCACAUUACUCAAAAUACUAGAAGAAAAUCCUAAAUAUUGAAUUGUGGGUAGGGUUUAUAUGAAUGUAUAUCAGAGAGUUUUCAAGAAGUUUACAUGGCGUUUUCUUUUAAUUUUGCCUCUGUAUAAUGCAUUUAAAGCACAGCAGUAACAUAGGGAACACUACCGCUGAUCCAUAAGCGCCACCUGAUGUCAGAGAGUGAAUUUGUGUUCUCAUUCAGCCCUUCUGUUUUAUCCAUCAUUUGUAUCUUUGUUUUAUAUAUUCAGUUGUGCUAUUACUUGUAAUUUGUACAUUUAUUUUCAUUGACUGACUGUUCAUAAUGUUUAUGGGCAAAUUCCAAAUGUUUUUUUUUGUGCCAUUGCUUGGAGGGGGUGGGGGGAGGGCACAGUCAAUUUAUCUGCAGCGCUUGUGGAUAUAAUUUGGAUCCAAGCAACACUACUGUGUAUACAUGACAAUGUAAUGUUGUUUGAAGCAUGCCUCUAAAUCAUGAGACAGCUGUGGCCUAGCGUUUAGAGGUCAGACUUGUGAUCUGAAGGUCGCAGGUUCAAGUCUCAGUGCCAGCGAGGAGUGAAUGAACAGUGGUCUCUUCCACCUGCAAUACUCAUGGCUGGAGCGCCCCCGAGCAAGGCUCUGAACCCCCAAUUGCUCCUUGGGCACUGGAGAAAAUAGCUGCUCACUUUUCUGGGUGUGUUCAUGGUGUGUGUGUGUUUGUUCCCUACUCACUGUGUGCAAAUGUCAUGACUUUCACUUCACUUCAUAUUUUCUCAUGGGUCCCCUGAGCUCUGACUGCAUAGCACAAGUUGUUUCUGCCCUAAAUAUAGAGUUGGCUUUUCCAUACAAUGUCAAAUGUAACUUGAAUCCGUAAGUUAAGUCACAGCAUGUCACUUGCUGGCUGACCUGCUGAGUUCCUCUCACUCUGAGCCACACUGCCUGAUGGAGUCUAUGGGAGCACUGUGCAGUCCCAAUGGGGCCAGCUCCAACAUACUGAGCUUGCCAGCAUCCUGCCCCUGGGAUGAGGACGAGGAGUCACUGGGUCUGGAAGGAAUCAGGCCUAAAUCUUCACCCAUACCGAGACGGCGGAGUUCAGUGUCCUCCGAUGACUCCUUGUUUCCCCCUUCUAGCAGCAGAAGAGUGUCCUUUGCUGAUGCCUUCGGUUUGAGUCUCAUCUCAGUGAAACAGUUUGAUACUUGGGAAGUAACUGACCAAUCAGGCUCUCUAGAGAGUGACUUGAAUGAAGAUAAGGAGUAUUACAUGGUUCCUCUCUUCACUCUUCCACAGACCGCUGAGGAGUUAGACUUGCGGGUUCACAAGCAGAAGCUAGAACUGGAGAGUUUGGAGUUGCUUUCUGGGACUACAACCCUUAGAGGAACCAUUCGCGUGCUGAAUAUUUGUUUUGAUAAGACGGUCUGUGUACGUACCUCUUUAGAUUCAUGGAAAAGUCAUUUUGAUCUGUUGGCAGAGUACGUACCUGGGUCAAGCAAUGGUGGGACGGAUUGUUUCUCCUUCAAACUCACACUAGUACCCCCAUUUGGAGAAAAGGGCACUAGGGUCGACUUCUGUUUGCGUUAUGAAACAUCUUUAGGCACUUUUUGGGCAAAUAACAAUGAAAAUAACUACUCUCUGUUUUGUUGGGAGAAAUCAAAGGAGAAAUCCCAAAAUGAAAGUGAAAACAGAAAAAAAAGCUGUCUGAAAACAACCAGCCCAGAUGUCUCUGCUUUGACUGUUGCAGACACAAAUAAUGAAGAAUUUCCGGUUAUACAUCUAAACUCUGAAUCUCUAAAUGAAACCUCUAAGAAUCUUGAAAAGGAAAGCAAGGAAUUAGUGGAGGAAAUAAGCAGAAACAACAGCCAAAGAAACAGAAGAAAGGCUGCACGAUUGGAAAAGGUUAAGUAGCACUUUGCUAAAAUGGAAGAAGAAAAUAAACAUGAGACCAAGAAAAAAGAGAGUGAAGUUAUGGCAGAGACCAGCAUGCAGUAAUGUGGAUCAUUGCUGGAGAAGACACAAUGCAUUCCCCUUUUACAAUAUACUACUCAACAACCAACAUGUAACCAGCUAAGUCCCUGAAAUAUGAAGAAAUAGAUUUUCAGUCUAGUGGAGAUUCCAUUGACAUCUUAAGCCAAGCUUUAACACAAGAUGAAGAAGACAACAUAAUCCACUCCAAGACUCAUUUAUCUACAGAAAACACAAAUCUACCCUUGGAAGACUCCAUCAGUUGUGAUGAAUCAAUUGCAUUCUCAGCUUCUGAGGUCCUGGAAGACAUCCAACAUGCUGACUGCAUUACUGACCAAACAGUUUCAAUCAAUCAGGCUGUUCCAGUAAGCCAAAAUCCCGACUGAUGCUAAGCUAGGAAUUAAACUCUAAGAUGCAUGAGGGCAUGGAUAUUAGCAAUGGCAAACCAAGAGAAUGUGAGUUUAAUAAACUAAUUCAGAGGCUCAGCUGUGUUCCCAUGGCUUCACAUUUGGGACCACUUUAUCACCAGGUUUUUAAAUACAUGGAAACAGAGAGUCAAAACUUAUUUUGCAAAACCGUUGGAUGGGUCAUUUAAGGAACUGGAGGAUGAGAGUCGAAGAGUGGUCAAAGCCCAUGAGACCCCAGACAUUUGGUCAGAGACUUGCUUAUCUACAAAACAGACAGUACAUGAUAUUAGUGUUAGCAUCUGAAAAGACUCAGCAGUACAGGCCCCCAAAACAUACAGUAAACGCAACCCAAAACUCUCUUUCUGAGCCAAAUCAGUAAAAACAUGUUGAGAAGGCAGAAGCUUCUUACAAUCAAAAUUAUUAUUAGAAUUAUACUCAUUUAUGUAAUAACAUCAGAUUCACUGAAACAAACCU